UCUUUCUCACACGGAUUCAGAGAAACUACACUACAUUCUGAACUAAAACUAACCUCUGUCACUUUGAGAAUUGAAAUGGCACAGGCUGCAGAUCUUCUGUAUCAGGACCAGUUCAGCUGUGCAAUCUGUCUGGAUAUACUAAAUGAUCCAGUGACUAUUCCCUGUGGGCACAGUUAUUGUAUGGGCUGUAUUAAGGGCUGCUGGGAUCAGGAUGAUCAUACUGGUGUCUACAGCUGUCCCCAGUGCAGACAGACCUUCACUCCAAGGCCUGUUUUAAGAAAAAACACCAUGUUUGCUGAAGUGGUAGAGAAACUGAAGAAUACAGGACUCCAAGCUGCUCUUCCUGCUCACUGUUACGCUGGACCUGGAGAUGUGGAGUGUGAUUUCUGCACUGGGAGAAAGCGCAAAGCUGUCAAGUCCUGUCUGGUGUGUCUGGCCUCUUACUGUGAAACUCACCUCCAGCCUCACUAUGAAUCUCCUCUUCUUAAGAAGCACAAACUGAUCAAAGCCACUGGAAACCUGCAGGAGAAGAUCUGCUCUCAUCAUGACAAACUGCUGGAGGUUUACUGUCGUACUGAUCAGCAGUGUAUCUGUUAUCUGUGUACGAUGGAUGAACACAGAGGCCAUGAUACAGUCUCAGCUGCAGCAGAAAAGACUGAGAAACAGAAGCAGUUGGGGGCGAUACAGAGUAAAUUCCAGCAGAGAAUUCAAGAGAGAGAGAAGGAGCUGCAGGACCUGAGACAGACUGUGCAGUCAAUCAAGCGCUCUGCACAGGCAGCAGUGGAGGACAGUGAGAGGAUCUUUACUGAGCUGAUCCGCUCCAUUGAGAGAAGGCGCUCUGAGGUGAAAGAGCUGAUCAGAGAUCAGGAGAAGGCUGCAGUGAGUCGGACUGAAGGACUCCUGGAGCGACUGGAGCAAGAGAUUGCUGAGCUGAGGAGGAGAGACGCUGAGCUGGAGCAGCUUUCACACACAGAGGAUCACAUCCAUUUCCUCCAGAGCUGUCAGUCUCUCUGUGUCCCUCCUGGACCUGAAGACUUGCCCAGCAUCACUGUCAGUCCACACAUCUCUUUUGAGGCUGUGAGAAAAUCUGUUUCUGAACUAAAAGAGCAACUGGAGGACUUCUGCAAGGUGGAACUGGUCAAAAUUUCUGAAUCAGUGAAAGAAGUCCAUGCUGUAGAGCCCAGGACUAGAGAGGAUUUCUUACAGUAUUGCUGUCGGCUCACUCUGGACCCCAACACAGCGUAUAAAUACCUCCGUCUGUCUGAGGGGAACAGAAAGGUGACCCGUGUGGAAAGGAUCCAGUCAUAUCCUGAUCAUCCAGAGAGAUUUGAGGACCGGGCCCAAGUGCUGUGCAGAGAGGGUCUGUCUGGACGCUGUUACUGGGAGGCUGAGUGGAGUGGGGAUGGGGUUUAUAUAGCAGUGUUAUAUAAAGAGAUCAGGAGGAAAGGGGGCCGUAAUGAGGGUAUAAUGGGAUUUAAUAACACGUCCUGGAGUUUGCGCUGCACUUCCACCGGUUACGAUUUCUGGCACAAUGCUGAGUGCACUACAAUCCCUGUUCCCCGCUCCUCCAGAAUAGGAGUGUACCUGGAUCAUGGGGCAGGAACUCUGUCCUUCUACAGUGUCUCUGACACAAUGACCCUCCUGCACAGAGUCCAGACCACAUUCACUCAGCCCCUCUAUCCUGCGUUUGGGGUUGGUGUUGAAUCCUCUGUAAAACUGUGUGAUCUGGGAUGAGAGAGAGGGAAGACUGGCUGUAUUUAGAGGUAGAGAAUAACACUGCAGCGAGAGUGUGUUCAUCUUCUGUAUUUGUAAAAGGUGUAAGGUACUCUAACCACCACAUUGAAUCUUUGUCUCUUCAUUCUGGACUAUUGUAAUUCCACUGGCACGCACUGGUGGAGUCAUUAGUAUCACAAGCUGUAAAUGGCAGCUGGAAAGGCAACACAGCAGGGCCACAGCAACCUUCAAGACACGGGACAGCAGUCUCACAACCUCCUUAUGGGAAAGAAGAGCGUGUGCAUGCGCGUGUUUUUGUGAUUUUUUUUUUUUUUUUCUCUGAAGUUUUGGUUGCCAUAUUGCCCAUUCGUUUGUUCUGGAAGAUUUCUUUUGUUUCGUGUUUUUGGGUGAAUAAAAGGCGGUAAGCCAGCACCUC